AUGCGCGGUCCGGGAUUCGAACCCGGGAACUCUCACUGUCAGGUGGCAAGGGCCCCAGCCCGACAACGAACACCCGUUGCGCGCAUCCCUCUGUGCUCUAUGUUCACCCUGGGCUUUGCUUAUACUGCCGUAUACGCGAAUGGCCUCAUCCCAACAAUCACCCAGAUUCCGAACGUACCGCCGCCGCGAGCGCAUGACCUGCCGUCCAGCCCCGGCCUUCCUCUUGCGCGAUGCCAAUCUCUAGUGGGCGUUACCCAAGGAAGAAGAUCGAGGGCGUGCAAUAAGGCAUAUACCGUCCUGGCAGUAUACAUGCGCGACACAGGAGCUCUCGAGGACCGCAUUGAGCAGUUGACCAAGGUCCAGCGCGGCGCCAACGACGGGUUGAACAAGCUCGACAACAAGUGCAAGGCAGAUGGCUACGAAGCGGCCAAGCAUCUUCUAUCACAUGAGUUCAACAGGUUCUCGUGGGUGGCAGAGGCGCCUCAGGGAGUUGAGCAUUACUGCUCCAAGAGAGCAUCUGCGAUCGGGCAUUUCUACUCGAAGGCGAUCGAGAGUGGGCACGCCGACGCAAUCGACUGGGAAAGACUGGAUUGGAACCUCCCUCUGCUCGGACCAUUCUUUUGUCUGCCUGAAAACAAGACUGACCGCCAGUCCACUGCCAGUUCUCCUCGUCCUGUCUUUCGCUUUGUUCUGGGUACUUUCAACCCGAUCCUUACCCACUUCGGUGUAAGACUACCCGACCCAAGUGCAAGCCUUGCGCAGGCCACUGCCGCCAACAGAAGCCACGACUGUUACCCUGAGGGAUUCAAGGACGUGAUGAUGAGAUUCUAUAAUCCCGGCCUGAGUCGCGAGCACAAGCUCGCCAAGAAUUACACCAACGCUGCUGGCCGCUGGCCUAAUUUUGAGAUGAAGGACAUAGCCUGUUUACUGUAUGCCUCGUGGUAUGACGUCUGGCACCAAGUUUACCAACGCCGGAAAUAUACCGACCCUCUCGAAUGGACUCAUCAUCAACAUGAAUCUAUCCACAACAAGGACCUCCCCUCAGUUUGGCAUGCGAAGCCAACAAAGCGCAUCUUCCCACCGGGCCGCCCGUCAUAUCUCACGGUCCACUGA